AUGGCUCGUUACGGCUCAUUACUAGGAUUUUCCCCAAGAAAUUCCUCUUACUCCUGCCUCCAGAUGAAUGGUAAAGAGGUUUUCCGCUUUGCUGUUUGUGUUGUGCCACAGUCAAUUGAAUCUGCUCUGGAGAAGGCAGGUCUUACUGGAUCCACCUUAGACUGGUUGCUUCUUCAUCAGGAAAACCGGAGGAUUAUUGAUACAGUUGCAACGCGCUUGGAGGUCCCAUCUGAACGUGUUAUAUCCAACUUGGCAAACUAUGGUAACACAAGCGCUGCGUCCAUUCCACUGGCACUGGAUGAGGCUGUACAAAGUGGGAAGGUGCAGCCAGGCUAUACAAUUGCAGCUACUGGAGUCGGAGCUGGUCUUACAUGGGGUUCGGCAAUCAUUAGAUGGGGAUAA